AUGCAUUGGUGUAUGACAAUGAGGCAUCGCUUCAUUUUGGUGCUAGUUGCAACUGAGCUGGCUUUCGUUUCUGCGGUCCAUACACAGGAACCCGCUGAGCGAGAACGAGACACUCGCUCGGCUUCAGAUCAAGCAGGCGUUGCCGCUAGCAGUGCCGGCGCUAAGUCAAGUCGGCUAUUGCGAUCUGAAGAAGGAGCUCGAGCCAUGGUGGUGAGCUCUGAUGCCAAGGUAGAUUCUUCCGCAGAAGACCAAGAUGUGUACAUUGAGGGUGGACACAAGACUGACAAGACUCAUGGGGGCAAUGGAGGCCACUCGGUUGCUGUGGACAGUGAUGGUUCGAGCAACACUUUGGCCAGGAGUGGAAUGCCUCUUCCCCAGCGCGAAGAUUUCAAAGGUGUCUCCUCAAGGAAGCUCAUCGCCCACUCGGUGGAGGCUGAAGAGGAUGAAGAAGAUGGAGAAGAUGAGGCACCACAGGAUUGCGAGUACGGCGACUGGGAGAGGUGGUCGGAGUGCAGCAACUCCUGCGGGGGAGGAUCCCGGCACAGGACUCGAAGCGUCGAACAAGAGGGCGAGAAUGGUGGAAACGAGUGCAAGGACUCAGAAAAAGCAGAGACGGAGGACUGCAACUCGCACGCGUGCCCGGUGGAUUGCGCGAUCAGCAACUGGCAGGACUGGAGCCGCUGCCUUCCAGACUGCUCGGGCCAGCGCAGCCGCUUGCGCACCGUGAUCCAAGCCGCCACCCAUGGGGGCGAGGCCUGUGGGGAGACCAAACAGGAGGAAUCUUGCGAUGGGAUUUGCACAGACUGUGAGUUUCAGGACUGGUCCGCAUGGCAGGAGUGCCCGGUGACUUGCGCUGGAGGUCAGCAGAGUCGCCGUCGGGAGGUGGAAGUGCCAGCCACCAACGGGGGCAAGGACUGUGUGGGGAACAAGACUGAGAGCAAGGUCUGCAAGGAGACAGCAUGUCCAGUCGAUUGCGAUUUGGACGAUUGGAACGCCUGGAGCUCUUGUGAGCCCUACUGCUCAGGAAACACCACCCGGCAGCGGCGGGUGAAGAGCUCUCCGUCCCAUGGGGGCCAAGCGUGUGGUGCUGAGGAGGAGACAAAGACUUGCACCAACUUCUGCCUUAACUGUCGCUGGCAUGACUGGAGCCCCUGGACCUCGUGCUCUGUUCCUUGUGGCGGCGGCAAGAUGCAUCGGAGCAGAGAUCAGACACUGGCUAUGCCAGAAGGAGGCCACGCGAAUGCAGCUUCCUUGCUAGAAGAGGAGCCGGUGAAGGUCUUUGGCUUUGAGUUGAAGGUGAACAGGAGAUGUGAUGAAGUUCACCAGGAGCAGAAGGGCCUGACCUUGGCGAAGGCCAAGAAGCAAUGCCAGGAGGAUGAGAGCUGCGCCGGUCUCUAUGACCCUGGCUGUGACGGACAGAAGGUCCACGUUUGCACAGUGGAUUUCCAUAUGCAGCCCGAGAAUGCCUCUUGCAGCUACACCAAGAAGGAGAUUGGUGGCGGUGCCGUUUGUGAGGGUGAUGGCUUUGAAUCCAAGGAUUGCAACACCCAGCCCUGCCCCGUGGAUUGCUCCUAUGGCGACUGGACGAACUGGACCAGCUGCGAGCCCUUCUGCCUGGGCAGGCAGACACGAAGCCGCGAAGUGCUGGCAGAGGCGGCGAAUGGAGGGCAGGCAUGUGCCAAGGAGGACUUGCAGGAAGAAAAUGCCUGCAUGAACGAGUGCAGGGACUGUCAAUGGGAAGAAUGGACCGAGUGGGACACUUGCACCAUCUCCUGUGGAGGCGGCACGCAGCAGCACCGGCGUGGCAUCCAGGUGACCAUGGCUGGUGGGGGAACGAACUGCACGGGGCCCAGCAGUGAAGAGCAGCCGUGCAACGGCGAAAGGUGCCCCGUGGACUGCGUGUUGCUCGAUUGGACUGAAUGGACGGAAUGUGCCCCCUACUGCUCUGGUGAAAAGAACCGGACACGGACUGUGAUGUUGGAAGCAGUGGAUGGGGGUCAAGCCUGUGGGCCGUUGCUGGAGACGAAGGAGUGUGGGAACUUCUGCAUGGAUUGCCAAGUGGCUGAAUGGUCCACCUGGAGCAGCUGCAGCAGCAGCUGCCGGGGCGGCUGGUCCAUUCGAAGCCGCAGUGAGGUGUAUUAUGUGAAAGCUCGAGCUGGAGCUGCCCAGCCUCAGGCACCACUGCUUUCACCACCCAGCCUGUUGGCGUUUGGCUAUGAGAAGAAGCUGAACUUCAGGUGCUCUGCCAGCAGCCUGGGUGCCUUGGCGGGCGCUCCGAACCGCGCGGAGGCCACCUGCAGCGCCGAUGCUGAGUGCGAGGCGCUCUAUGAUGAAGGGUGCCAUGGAGUACUCACUGUUUGCAAGAAGGGUGUGAGCUUCGAGCAUGAAGCGGGCUCUUGCACCUACAGUAAAAAGGAGAUUGGUCAAGGGAGUCAAGGCCAAGCUUGCGAUGGCAACAGCUCGCAGGCAGUGGCCUGCAACACUCAGAAUUGCCCGGUGGACUGCAAGAACUCCAAUUUUACCGUCUAG